CGGCUCCACAGUUCAGUCUCCGACAGUCCAUCGUUGUCUUCGGUCGUCAUCAUGUAUCUUCCAACAAUUGCUGCAGUCCUGCUAGUCGCAGUAGCCUCAGUCCAUGGAAAUGCUACUGGAGCUCCCGCAGAUGCUUGUGAAGAUUUGACCCCACAACAUGGAGCUGAUGCCCAGAAGACUAGAUCACCUUACAUAAUUGACAUUGAGAAGAACGGCAUCAAAGCUGGAGGAUCUACAAAAGUUACCAUUAAAGGAAAGACUGGUGAGCAAUUCAAAGGAUUCAUCAUGCAAGCUAGGGUAGGAAGAACAGCAGUAGGAAAGUUCUCAUCCACUGACAAGAAUGCCAAGGUUGUAGACUGUGGUUCAGCUAAAGAGAACACUGUUACCCAUACCAACCCUGAUAAUAAGAAGGAGGUUACCGUUACAUGGACAGCACCCAAGAAUCUCAAGGAACAAGUCAUUUUCUACUUAUCUGUUGUCAAAGAAGGCCAAGUCUUCUGGGUUGCCCAAAAAAGUCGCACUCUCAACGUCCACUAAUACACUAAGUUUUGUUUAAAACUAAAAAAAAAAUGUUAGAUAUUAAUGUGUUAUAUUUAAUGUGAUUCUUUUUAUUAUUGAGUGUUUCUUUAAAAUAUGGAGAGCUUUAAUAAAUGUGUUUUAUAUAAUUCCAUGAUAUUUUCCUACAUAU